UUGGGGAUUGUUAUGCUCUUUUUGCUCUUGACAGGUUCCAGAAAGUCAAUGGAUUCUGGCGCCACAAGAAAGCUUUUCCGCAACAUGAGAGUCACCCGCUUCCUUUUCAUUGUGGGUUUGCUUCAUGUGACGCCUUUCUUCUGCCAUAGCCAGAUGGACCCCAUGGCUCUUGGCCGAGCUGAUCCCAAAUGCUGGGAAUCCUCCUCAGCUGUCUUGCUGGAGAUGAGGAAGCCGCGUGUUUCUGACUCUGUCAGUGGCUUUUGGGACUUUAUGAUCUUCCUGAAGUCGUCUGAGGACUUGAAGCAUGGGGCUUUGUUUUGGCACCUGGCACAGCUCUUCUGGGAUAUCUACAUGGACUGCGUACUCUCCAGAACCCACGGCUUAGGGAAAAGGCAGUUGGCUAAAGCCCAGAGACAAACUGCAGCUCUCCCGUCUUGGCUCAUAUUGAGUAAGCAAGGCAUCUUUUCACAAAUUCAGAUGACUCCUCUAUGGAAGAAGAAAGAACUGAAAGAAAACUUUAUAAGAAUCCAUGUGCACAAGAGCAGGUCUGCUUCACACGGAAGGAUUACUGGACAUUUAACAAUGAAGGCAAAACUCUUCUAGAGCUGUACAGUUGAUUUCUUCAUCUGUCCCUCUUUUCUCCCUUUAAACAAAUACUG